UCGAAUAAGUGGAAAAAUAAAUCGGUUUGACUGAAAUGAAUGGACGAGCUCACUUCCGGUAUUGGCGUGACGUCACAGCCCCGGAUCUCUGCUCUUAUUAUUAUUCUGUGGUCUCUGCAUCACAAUCCGCUGCUUGUCCCAUCUCUCUCCUCCUGCAGCCAUCCAGCAAUAAUAAUAAUAAAUAAUAAUAAAAUAAUUUAGUAGUAGUAAAUAAUAAAUAAUAAUGAUAAUGAAGGUGGAUUUUGAGGAGUGUCUGAAAGACUCACCCCGUUUCCGGGCUGCUGUAGAAGACGUAGAAGGGGAUGUCGGCGAACUGGAGUCCAAACUGGACAAGUUAGUUAAGCUGAGUAUCGGGAUGAUAGACGCCGGUCGAGUUUACAGUCACGCCAACAGACAGUUCAUUAGCGGGAUCCGAGAUUUAGCGCUCCAGUCCAGCAGAGACGACGUCAUCGGGUCCAGUUUAGCUGCUUUUGCUGAGACGCUGCAGGAGAUGAAUAACUACCACACAAUUUUAUUUGACCAGGCCCAGCGAUCUGUCAGAUCUCAGCUUCAGACCUUCGUAAAAGAGGAUCUGAGGAAGUUUAAGGAGGUGAAGAAGCAGUUUGAUAAAGCGAGUGAGGAGAAGGAUGUGGCGUUGGUGAAAAACGCUCAGGUUCCCCGGACCAAACCGCACGAGGUGGACGAGGCCACCAACAUCCUCACCACCACCCGGAAGUGCUUCCGCCACAUCGCCCUCGACUACGUACUACAGAUCAACGUUCUUCAGUCCAAGAAAAGACUGGAGAUUCUCAAAUCGAUGCUGUCCUUCAUGAACUCCAAUCUGAGCUUCUUCCAGCAGGGAUACACACUCUUCAGCGAUCUACAGCCACUGAUGAAGCAGCUCGGGGGACAGCUGGAUCAGCUGGUCGUCGACUCGGCAAAGGAGAAAAGAGACAUGGAGCAGAAACACUCAGCCAUCCAGCAGCAGGCUGCACUACAGGACUUGUCCUCGGAGGACUGUGGGCUACAGGUCAGUGUGGACUGUGAGGAUGGAGUGAUGAUGGAAGGAUAUCUCUUCAAACGAGCCAGUAACGCGUUCAAAACCUGGAACAGGCGCUGGUUCUCCGUUCAGCACAACCAGCUCGUCUACCAGAAGAGAUUCAGGGAUAACCCCACUGUAGUGGUUGAGGAUCUCCGGCUCUGCACGGUUAAACAGUGUGAGGACGUGGAGCGGCGUUUCUGCUUUGAAGUCGUCUCUCCAAACAAGAGCUGUAUGCUGCAGGCUGACUCAGAGAAACUGCGACAGUUCUGGACCAAAGCUGUACAGAACAGCAUUGCUACAGCUUACAGGGAGAACGGAGAGGAACCUGCAGCUAGGUUGCAGCGUGAGUCGUCAGCGUCUCUGGGCAGUCUGGACUCUCUGGGUGAGUGUCGCUCUAUACGCUCUGACACGCCUCUACACCGUGUCCUGUCAAUCAGAGGGAACCAGAACUGCUGUGACUGUGGGGAGGCGGAGCCUCGGUGGGCCAGCAUCAACCUGGGCAUCACACUCUGCAUCGCCUGCUCCGGCAUCCACAGGAGUUUAGGAGUUCAUAACUCUAAGGUGAGAUCACUGACACUCGACUCGUGGGAACCAGAACUCCUGAAGCUGAUGUGUGAGCUGGGUAAUGAGCUGAUUAAUCAGAUCUACGAGGCUCGUAGAGGAGAGAUGGGCUGGAAGAAACCACAGCCUGGAGACCCCAGGCAGGAAAUCGAGGCCUACAUCCGGGCCAAGUACGUGGAGAGGAGGUUUGUGCGAAAGCAAGAGUCUCAGGAGCAAAGGUCAAAGGUUAUGAUGCUGAGUAAACAUGACAAGCAUCUGAAGGGAAGUGUGGAGUUCCUGCCCCCUCGGCCACCCCCUCCCACUCCUAAAAUCCGCCCCGCCUCCAACACCUCUGCGCCCCUCAUUGGGCAGGAGGCUCGACGUGACUCGCUCUUCUGCCCUGAUGAGCUCGAUUCCCUCUUUUCCUACUUUGACACGUCAUCAAAGCUCCGGAGCCUGAAGAGUGCAGACAGCGGCAUUCACACCAGCGCUGAUGGAAGCAGAGAGAUGCUUAACUCUUCAUCCAACACCAGCCUGAGUGAACCAGAUCUGCAGGAGGCAGAGUCUGUGCGUGAGUCCCCGCCCGUUCUUCCCCGUAUGAUGGAGUGUUCCCCCAGUCUGCUGCUGUACUGGGCCUCGUGUGCCUCCAGUUUAGCCGACAUGGCAGAGGCGCUAGCGCUCGGUGCAGAUGUUAACUGGGCAAACGCUGAAGAUCAGAGCCGUACACCGCUGAUGCAGGCAGUACAGGGGGGUUCAUUAGUCCCAUGUGAGUUCCUGCUACAAAACUCUGCUAAUGUUGAUCAGCAGGAUGCUCGAGGAAGAGGAGCACUGCACCACGCUGCCAUGCUGGGGCAUACCGGACAGGUUUGUUUGUUCCUGAAGCGUGGAGCUUGUCAGAGCGUUUCGGAUAUGGAUGGCAGGAGUCCACUGUCCAUCGCCAUGGAUACCACCAAUGCUGACAUCGUCACCCUGCUACGCAUGGCGAAGGUGAAUGAGGAGAUGAGGGAGUCACUGGAGCAGCCAACUCAGUACUUUCAGUCUCACAGUCACUCAGAGCAGUAUAGGAAGUGCAUCCAGGAGUUCAUCGCCCAGCAACUGGACGAGUGUUAACACAUGACUAUAUGCCAUAGAUGAUAUCCAACACAGCUGGACGGGUGCUAACACAUGACUAAACACCAUAGAUAAUAACCGACACAGCUGGACAGGUGCUACCACAUGACUAAACACCAUAAAUAAUAACCAUCACAGCUGGAUGGGUGCUACCACAUGACUAAACAUCAUAAAUAAUAAUCAACACAGCUCCAGUUAAGACCUAAACACCACAGCUGCAGUAUUACAGCAUGUUGCAGACUAUAAGACAAGGUAUAUGUUGUAAUUUUUGCAUUAGCCUGUUAGUGUGUUUACGUCGAUGCACCACUGCCAUAACACUACUGUUGACUUGAUGCUGAUAUUAUAAAACUCCCGUAAUACUGACGAUAGAAUGUGACGCAUGACUAUUAGACAGAUUCAAUAUGGCUACAAUCCAGUACUAUUUUUAAUAUCAUCCAUUUUCCCUUAGUUGACUCCUCUUGGACAAAUCAGCUGCUGUUUCAUUGCUGCUUAAGAAAGUGAAGGGGCCAGAGCUACCAGAUGUCUCUGUGGUUUGAAAAUUUAAGUACAGAUUAGGAGAGAACAGUUUAGGAUGGCCACAAGGGGGCACUGUCAUAUUAAAUUUUGAGAAUUUAAUUUAUCACCUGCUUUCAGUGGUAUUAAUUUACACACAGUAUCUUUUCCUUAGUGGUUAGCACGUUCGCCUCACACCUUCAGGGUCCGGGGUUCGAUUCCCACAGGGGCCCUCUGUGUGCAGAGUUUGCUGCGGGGUUUCCUCCGGGUACUCCGGUUUCCUCCCCCAGUCCAAAGACAUGCAUGGUAGGCUGGUUGGUGUGUCUAAAGUGUCCGUAGUGAAUGAGUGUGUAUGUGAGUGUGCCCUGCGAUGGACUGGCACCCUGUCCAGGGUGUACCCCGCCUAGUGCCCAAUGCUCCCUGGGAUAGGCUCCAGGUUCCCCGUGACCCUGAAGAAGGAGAAAGCGGUAGAAGAUGGAUGGAUGGAUCUUUUCUCUGCCCACAAAUAUACUGAUAUUUUUGAAAACAUACCAUCUGCUUCCACAUGGAAACUACGUUUAGCAUCACUGAAAAUGAUCGCUUUUUGAAAUGAUGGAGAAAUCGUACAAUUUUCACUGUUUUCUUGUGGACAGGAAAACAAGGUAUAUUUUUGAAGACCUGUGCGUGUCUGUUGUGUGUGUUAGGACGGGAUUUGUUCAGGUCGUUACUCUGUGCACUGUACUAUCAGUUUCAUUUCGCUUUCGGUUUUUCCACAUUCCUUCCCGAAAGCUCAACACGCAGCUCUCUACUCUCCAGGCCUUUGACUAAACAUUUAAUGACAUAUUCUCUCUGUGUGAAUGUUUUCAGAUAGUUUUUGUGUUGUUGUCUGAAUGGAGAGAAUGAGAGAUUUGAAAGAUUUUUAAAAUGCUGUUUGUGUGGAUGGGAAUUUCUCUGAGUAAAAACUGUUUUAAAAAAUAUCCAUAUACAUGUGGGCAGGGCUUCAGACUGCAGGUGAUAAAUUAAUUGAUUUCCAUUGACUCCCUAUUUUAUACUUUUAUAUCGAGAUUAUUCAAAUUACAUAUUAAUUAAUGCAAAAUUUUUUGGUACACACUCUUUUACUUGUGUUGUAAGUGUACACUCAUGUCUCAUAAAGGGAUGUCUAUGAAGGUGUGUUAGAAACCAUUUUGGGUCAUGUGGUCUGUUUUCCUUAAUGGUGCUUGUUUGAGACCAAACACACAACAUGCACGACACACACUGUUUAAAAAACACACAUUAAUCCCCAUCUUGUGUUUUUUUUGUAUAAUAUCAGACAUAAUAUCAGAAUUAUGAGCCUGAUUUUCUACAUCCUGUAAAUCCCUUGACCUUUUAUUACGGUUUACGAUAUCAUCAUGAUAUUGUACAUUUUAUAAAUUGUAGGAAGACACAUGCUUCUUCAGAUGUGUCCAAAAUAAGGACAGCUGUCCUCAUGACGCUGUGGGAAACUCCGGAAUGUCAUUUUAAAGCCAUUAACUUUAUUCUGGUAUUGAGUAUCGUGAUGUAUUGUAUAACUGAUUAUCAGCACAUCCUUAAUUAUAAACUAUUCAGUCUUCCUUAAUUAUUCUUGCCUUUGACUGUAACAAACACACUGUGUACACACACACACACACACACUGUGGACAUACAUUAUCUCUUUCAUAUAAAAACAGUUUUUAUGCUUAAGUCUGACAUUAAAUCUAAAAACAUGACACUUAAGCAUGUGACUAUCUUAAGCUUAAUUCUGAUUGGUCAGUUGGUUGAUGAGGCUGUGAUGUAAUGUGCUGCAACCUCGAGCUGGUUGCUGAUUGGUCACCCGGUUGAUGAGGCUGUGAUGUAAUGUGCAGCAACCUCAAGCUGGGAUGCUGAUUGGUCACCCGGUUGAUAAGGCUGUGAUGUAAUGUGCAGCAACCUCAAGCUGGAUGCUGAUUGGUCAGCCGGUUGAUAAGGCUGUGAUGUAAUGUGCAGUAACCUCAAGCUGGAUGCUGGUUGGUCAGCUGGUUAAUGAGGAUGUGAUUAUGUGUUAUAUGUAAUGUAGUGUUUUAUAAUCCUGUAAAUAAUCAGAUAUCUGUGCACAACUUCAAGGACAUCAUGUCUCAGACUCUUCUGUAGUUAAUCUUCUAUACGCUGCAUGACAUUAGACAACAAUGGCACAUGCUGUUAUUAAAAUAUGCUAAAGGCCUGAAACACACUGGAUUCUCUCUCUCUCACACACACACACACACAGAAAUACUGUCGUAAAAUGUGUCACCUGAUUUCUUUUUUAUUUUAAUGUGAACUUUUUAAUUCAGAACAUUGGCACUAGGGGACGCUGUAGCACAUAAUGACAGGAGGAAGCUCUCUCUCCUGUUUGAUUAAAUUCCGACUUGAUGAUGGUGAUGAUGAUGUCAUAGUGGGCGUUACAGCAGCUGACCAGUUAGCAGCUUCAUUACAACUCUGGGCAGAGAGAGAGAGAUUUAAAAAUACUUUCUUUCUUUUCAUCUCUUUUCAACCUCUUUCCUAUAUCAUUCUCCAUGUUUCUUCUUUCUUUGUUUUGAUUUUUUUAAAUUAUGCUUUAUUUUCCCUCUACUGUCUUAUAGCUUGAUUUUUCUCACACUUUCUGUUCUCUCCCCUUCUUUCUUUCUUUUUCUUCCUUCCUUCCUUCCUUUCUUUCUUUCUUUCUUUCUUUCUUUCUUUCUGUGUUGCAUCUGUACACAAGUACUAAAAUAUAUAUUUAAUAUCUUGUUUUAGAUUUUAAUAUUUAUUUCGUCCCUCCAACAAUUCAACUCUUCGUGAGCGGAAUGUUUUAUUUAGACUAUAUUAUUAAACACUAGAUUAAGGUUGGAGUGACUGAUGAAUCCUGCAGCGCCACCUUCAGGACGGGGGGUUCUUAGUUAUUAGUUAAUAAGCACUCAUGUUGAAUUUAGCAACAUUGUUUAGGUGUGAGGGUGCACGGUGGCUUAGUGGUUAGCACGUUCGCCUCACACCUCCAGGGUCAAGGAUUCGAUUCCUGCCGGGGCCCUGUGUGUGUGGAGUUUGCAUGUUCUCCCCGUGCUGCGGGGGUUUCCUCUGGGUACUCCUGCUUCCUCCCCCAGUCCAAAGACAUGCAUGGUAGGCUGAUUGGCAUGUCUAAAUUGUCCGUAGUGUAUGAAUGGGUGUGUGUGAUUGUGCCCUGUGAUUGAUUGGCACUCUGUCCAGGGUGUACCCCGCCUUGUGCCCGAUGCUCCCUGGCAUUGACUCCAGGUUCCCCGUGACCCUGAAGAAGGAGUAAGCGGUAGAAGAUGGAUGGAUGGAUGUUUAGGUGUGUUUCAGGCCCGAGUGUGAUUUGCUGUAUAUAAUCACUCCUGAGUGCUGAUAAAGCUGAAUUUCUAUGUACCUGGGUCAUUAUAGUCCUAUAUUUACUCCUGAAGGCACAUCUGUUUAAAGACCCUUUUUAGAUGUCAUUUGUUUAAAAUAUUUCACUGCUAACAGAAGAGUGGAGGAACAAAUGUAGAUUUAACUUACAGUCUGUUGUUUAUGUUAUUGAAUGUAUAUGAAUGUACACAGUGAACUUUACAGCUUCAAUAUCCCACAAUGCAUCAGUGCUCUGUACAUAUCACUGUAAUAACAGCUUAUUUUAAUACUGGCAGGGUAGUGAGUAAGCCCCGCCCACAUGUUCUGUAAGGCUGAUCAGACUUCACCCCUAAUGCUAACUGCCUUUGACUAAAAAUGUCUGAAAUAUAAAAUAUCCCUCCAGACUCUUGUCCAGUGGUUCACUUCACCAGAAACUAGGACUUUCAUGGUAGAUAGUGAGAUUUGGGAAGAACUGCAGUAAUAUUAGCUAGAUAGUUCCGUUCACCGUGACUGGGAGUGACAAGUCAUAAUAAUUGUCAUUAAUAAACUAGCAAGAUAAACGUCUUAUUAUUAAUUACACUCUUACAAAGAAAGAUAAAUCAUAAAAGGUACUUGUAUGGAUCUAGUUGGAUAACCCUUGAAUUUAGAACCAACUAAAUGGAUCUACUUCAGCAAGCUUAGAACCAUUAACCAUCCAAAUAGUAUGAUUUAGGAAAUUGGAUCCCACAACCAUCCAAGUACAACGUAUAGCGUUCCAAACAGAACCUCUUUGGGAAACUAAAAACACUUCACCAUCCAAGGAACCUUUGAGAACUGCUUUUUAAAGUGUACUAGUUCCUUUAUCAUUUUUUCAGAAGGAUCACCUGACAUUUUGUUGAGUUUACAGGGUAUGUUUGCUUAGAGUUAGAGUUGUGAUGUUUGGCUGUGGAGCCUUAUUAUGGGUGAAGUUUUAGACACUAACUGGACCCGGGUUCUAGAGUUUUGGAUGAAAUGUAUAUUGAAGCUGCAAGUCACUGUUUAUGUAAAACUGAAAUGUUCUCUCAGUGUCCGAUUAUUCUGUUUUAUUAGUGGUAUUUAAUCACAUUAACAUUAUUUCCUGUAUUUAACUGUGAAUAUGUGUGAAAGAAGAACAGACUCAGAAGAACCUGUUACGUCUCAGAAGGUUCUGGAUAAUUCUUUAAGUAUUUAGUAAUGUUUAUGAGAACCUGGAGUCGAGCAUUGUUGUAUUAAAUGGAUCUCAGCUGCUGUUGUGUUCUAAUAAUCCUCCACACUGAGUGUGUAAGGGCUGACAGUUUGAUCCGGGGUGAAGUUAUUGGGACGGAACCGAGCUGUCGUGUUACUGCACUGGAGAACCAUGAACAAGUUCUCCUCCUGGUUCUGAUCCAGCUGAAACUCCACAAUCUGUGCCUUUUUACUUUUUCUCCAGUUUAUUUUUUUCAAUCUGCACUUUAAUAAACAUCUUGAGUUGUUAGCAGA